UUAUUGUCCCUUUAAACUAGAUUCCAAGUGUCCAGUUUUUUUUGAUUAUUUACAUUUUGUACAAAGUUAGAAACAAUGAUAGAAUUGUGUUAUUUUAUUUUCAGUCAGUAUAUAUUAACAUGGUGUUCUACAGGUUUAUAUAUAUUUGAUACUAUCAAUGUUAAAGUUAUAUUAUGGUGCUCAGAUAUUAAAGAUAUAGAGGAUGUUUCUGUGUAUGGUAAUGAAAUCUACAUAUUUCAUCAAAAUCAAAAUAUUACCCAUCUUCAUUUGUUAAAGUUAGAAACUUGUAUCUCUCAGUUAGUUAGCAGAAGACACUCACUUUUGGCCGGAUUGGUUCUAAUAAAUUUUAAGCAAAAUAAUCUUGAAUAUAUAUCGAAAAACCUACCUUUAAAAACUUUGCAAAAUAUAAUAGAAAGUGUGAAAAAGUUUGAUGAUACAACAUUGGUUGCCAGUUUGGUGGAUUUGCAGGAACUAAUGAUGAAUUCUCCGUCUAUUCCGAAUCAGGACAAAUUAAGUGAAACAAAUGAUGCUAAUCAGUCAAUUAGUGAAACAAGCAGUAUCUCAUCAUUGGAUGCAGCUGUAAACAGUGACUUACAUGUAACAUCAAUGGACGUCAAUAAAUUGGACAAAUCCAGCAAAUCUGAAAUAGUAACUGAAGCCUUGAUGGUAUCGUCUGGAGCAAUUGUUAAGGAACAGCAAGAUAAAGGCGUUAACUCUAAUACUCAAAUCAAAGAUAAACUGUUGAAUAAUCAAAGCACUGAUAAUUCUAUUUCUCAAAAAGGAUAUAUACAAAAGGCAUCAAAUACUCCCAGUGUAAGUGGCGUUAACAAGUCUUCGGAUCAAAUAAAAGAUGUCCAGAAUGUCAACUCUGAUAGAAACACAAAUCUUCAUAGUCAAAGUAGUGAACAUUCAGCUACUGCACCAGAUAAAGAUGAUAAAAAGCCACAAAUUAAGGAACAUGAUUUAAAUAAAUUGGUACUUGAAAACAUUGGUGAUACUAUUCAAAAUAUUCAAAGUGAAUUAGAUGUUGAAAAACCUGAAGAUGAUUUAGAUACUGAAAGUAGAAAUAAACCCCAGGUAACUAGAGAAGAUAUUACUCUAAAUACUGAAUCAUUUGUUCACAAUAAUAACUCGGAAACAAGUAUUAAACAUGGACAGGAAGAUUUCCACAAAACAAUUGAAACUUCAGUGGACAACAGAAAAGUUACUGAAACCGUAAAUGAGACUAAUGUGGUUAAAAUCAUAUCAGCUGAUAUUUUACCAUCUGAACAAAAACAAGCCACAGAUCAUCUGAACAGUGCUGGUGAUAGUAGAACUACAGUAGAGCAGACGGAAUCUGUAUUGACAAAAAGUAAAGAUGAAGAAUCUAAGGGAGGGCAGGGAGCUACUAAUGAACAUCUUGCUUUACAGCAGACAGACAUUGGAAUAUCUAAAUAUCCGUCUGUUGCUAAAAAAGCCACAGAUCCACAGCCAAUUUUACAAGCAGUUGAUCAACCAAUGAGAAAAAAUAUUAGACGACGAAAAGUCAUGGAAAUAGAUUUAACACAACCACAAAAUACAGGCAGUUCUAAAUCCAGACUGAGAAAGAAAGAAUUUAAAACCAAUAGAUCGAUGAGCAUACCUGUAAUAGAUGACAAUAGCAGAAGUCAAGGUAAACUAAAAAUAAAAGAAAGAGACACGGUUUCUCUUGGCAGUAUAGAAGAUAUUACAAAUGAAGAGAAGACAUUAGAAGCUGACAACAUAUCUGUAAAAAGUACUGAGGAAUUGUCUUCUGCUCCAAGAGAAGUUGAAAUUGUUCCGCCCUUGAUUAAGAGAUUAUCUCUCAGUGGAUUAACUUCUAAUUCAGACGAAUUGAUUCAGACGUUUGGUAGAGAAUCCUCACCAAAUGAAAGUCCAUCAAAGCGGUCUAGUAAUAGUCCUGUUGGAGGGUUGUCACAGUCCCCUAGAGUAUCUUUAUCAGCUGUCAAAGAUAGUUUAGCAAUGAAAAUAAAGAAAGGUAAAACAUUUAUUAAGAUUAUGAAAGAUAAAAGCUCCUUGUCUAAAUCACCAAAUGUCUUUGAUCAAAACCUACAUAAUGUUGUCGUGGAAACUGAGGAGAUAAGCAGUUCCAUAGAAAAAAUAGUGGAAGCCAAGAAAAUAACAGCAGCGACAGAAAAACUAGCAGAUGUGAAAAAACAACCUACAACUGAUAUAUCAGAACUGGAAACCAUGACAACCAGAACUAAUGCCAAACUAAAAGAUGUGGAAGUCAUACUGAAUCCGAGAGAAUUAAAGAAAACUUUAGAGGCCUGGGUUACAACCUUAAAUUCCACCCUACAAAGAUUACACAAUGAAUUAGAUUUGAAAGCAAGAAAAGAAAAUGGAACCUCAGAGCAAACGGAAAAUAUUGAAGAGAGUGAGAAAACUGUGAGAGUUCCUGAAAAUAUGGAUUCUAAUGAACAUCAGACAAGCAGUGAGGACGAAGGAAAUGGAUCAGAUUUGGAGAUAAAUGAGGAAAACAGUGAGGAGAAUGAAAUCCAUGCCAGGUUUUCUGAAUCACUUGAAGAUAACUCAGUUACAAAUGAAGAUAAUUCUGAAAUAUUUGUAGAAAAUUCCGAGUCGGAUGUAGAUUUGGAAGAGAAUGUAGAUAAUUCUAGAACUUUAGAAAAAUUAGAAAUGUGGUUGAAUAAAACCGAUAAAGAGGUAGAUAAAACUAAGCAUCAAACAAUAGAAAGCUCAUCUGGUAAUACCAAAGAUAGAAAAAUAGAUAAUCAGUUACAUAGCAGCUCUGAUAAUUGCGACUGCUCAGGGAGUCCAAAAUGUCAGACCCAAUAUAACAUAUCAGAUCCUUUUAAUUUAGAUUCCGAACUUUUCACUCAGGUUUCUGAACUAACAUUGUUGUGUUUCCAAAGUUGUAUCCAUGGUAACAUAUCCAAAUUUAUUCGUCCUAAUUCUAAAGAUUGUGAUAAUUGGAAGGAUAGUAAAAACAUUGAUUGUGAUAAUGUAGAUAAUAAGAUUGAUAUCGGUAGUGUAGAUAAUGAGAUUGAUAUCGGUAGUGUAGAUAAUAAGAUUGAUAUCAGUAGUGUAGAUAAUGAGAUUGAUAUCGUUAGUGUAGAUAAUGAACAGAAAUCAAGUUUUUAUAGUGAAAUAAAUAACUGUGAUAUUGACAAUGGUGAUGAGAAUAUUUGUGAUUUAGAUAGUAUCAAACAAACCAACAGUAUUACUAGCAAUGAUGGCAAACUAUUUAAUAAGAAUCCUGUAAGAAGUUGUGAUAACAGUGUAGAAAAUGAUAAACUUCCAAAUAAGAGUUGUGAUAGUAAUGUAGAUAGUAACCAUGUCAUUGCUAAUGUAGAAAAUUCAACAUGCAGACAUUGUGAUAUCAGUGACACUUGUACAAUAUGUCAAGAAAAGGAGUCAAAUGCUAUGAGCAGUAUACACGAUGACCAGUCUUUAGGUGAACAAUCAAAGAAUGAUACUGCAUCAAGUCUUAAUGUUAGUGAUCUAGAACAUUUAGACAAAGAAUUGGCCCAGUUUGUUGAAUGUUAUUUUUGUUUUUUAUCAACCAAAGAUAUCCGAAAGUUUUUGAUGAAUCAGGAUGGUAUUUUAUAUGAAACAUGGCUGGCAUUAAUCCAUUGUUGUCAAGAGUUAGGUAAAGGAGAUCCCAUAACAUUUUAUCUCAGUAAACAAGAUGUCAAUAGUGCCUUAGAUCAUUUAAGAUCAGGAAUACUCAGAAAUAAAGAUGCCUUUCUUGGUCAUUUUUCAAGUAUUUUUGCUACAAGUCCUUAUAAAUGUUGUGAAUUUGGUAUGGAUGUUCCAGACUAUGUAUCGUCAUUAGACAUUUUAAACCUAUGUAGAUAUCAUGAGAAACCUACACAACAAUACUUUAUUAAAUAUAUCAUGUUACGAUAUAAUAAUUCACCAGAAUACAUGAGAUUACAGACAUUACAAUCAAUCUGUCAUCAUUCUCACGUAAAGUUAGAAUUUUUAAAUUGUUUGAUGACUAGAAUAGAUCAAGUAGAAAUUAACAGUCCUUGUCCAGGAAGCCAUCUAAUUAAAUGGCCACAUCAAAAGAUGAUAAAUAAUGUACUUAAUUUGAUCAAAGCAGAAGAAGAAGUACAAGCUUUAAAAGUUUGUAAAAAACAUGGAUAUUGGUUUGGAUGUAUUAAGUUAUUAGAGAAGAGAAAGGAAUGGAAAGAUAUAUUAAUAUUAAUUUGUCAGUUGGGAGAUAAAGAUUUACUUUCAUCUUUACAUCCAUAUGGUUACUGUCCACAAGAUUUUGAUGAAUGGGGAUUUUUGUUAAAUGAGUUUAAAUCUAUGACAAAAGAAAAACCUAAACCACCAGUUCCAGAUUUUAAAUGGACCCUUACUUGGGAAAAUCUGGCUUUUCUAUUAGUGGAUAAUCUGGGUUCUCAGAUGGCAUUAUCAAUGUUGCAAGACCUAGAUCUACAAGAUGGUACAUUAUCCAAUGAUUUCUACCAAAAAUGUAUUUUGAAGGCCAUUACUCAAAAACAACAAAGUCAUGUGAUGCACAAUAUGUUGGAGAAAAUUAAUACAUAUCUUUGGUCCAAAAAGCCCAACCAUGUAGCGCCACAGCUCCAUUAUGCUGUGUCUUUAGAGAAAUAUAGUAAUCUAUCUUCUACAGAGUCGGAUUCUUCUACAUACCAAACACAUUUUUCCAGAUUGUCGUCUGCUGGGACCACCAUUGUACCUGGUCUAGAAGAUGCUGAAUGUCAUUGGGGUAUACAAUCAGAUAUACGAAGAGAUUGUCCGUGUUGUGGUCAAAGGUUAACUUGUACUGUAUCUCACAUGGAACCUGGUGUUAUAAUAUAUAAUUGUGGUCACGCUUUCCACAAAUUUUGUGUUUUUAAACAAGAGUGUCCAUUAUGUUAGAUCCUACGAGAGAGAAUGUAAUAUUCAGCAUGUUUGUAUUGGAAUGAUUAUAAAUAUAAACAACAAUUUCUGUUGUUUAUAACAAGAACUAGUCAUUAUAAUUAUUAUGAUCUCACAAAUAGUGGAGCUGUUUAACCAUACAUUAUACAAGAGCUAAAUCUGCCUGUUGCAGGUCUUCCUUUAGGCCUAAAAUGUUAUAUAAACUAUUAAUUAGACAUUUAUUAACAAAACAAGACCAUAAUCAACUCUCGAUGCCAUCGGAUAUCUCCGAUAUCAAGUAGAUUAGAACGGUUCAGUCAUAUUUCGAUUUAAUUUAGAACGGUUCAGUCAUAUUUCGAUUUAAUUUAAAAAUGGAGGAGCGAGACUUAGCUUCGAACAACCAGUACGUCUUGUCAAACAUUCAAAGGCUAAUACCUUCACUCACAAUAUAGUAAUUUGAAUGAAAUUUGAAAAUUAUUCAUUUUACAUUAUCUAUUUUAGAACUGUUAUAGCGAGAAUGGCUAGCUCUUUAUGUAAAUCUAAGAUAACAUAUCUUUAACAGCAUUCGAUUUAUAGCCUUUUUUAUAGUCUCAUUUAUUUAAGACUAACAUGUGAUUAUUAUUACAGUAGAAUCUGUAUGAGCAGCCACUCCUAUUCAGCGACAUCUCCUUGUAAGCCGUCACGAUAAAUUCCCCCCUUAAAAAUUCCAUUGUUUCAUCUCUUUAUUCAACGGUCACUCCUCUAACACGGCCAGCGGUCAUUAUUUUACUAAUAAAUUUAACAAAACAUCGCCCAUUCAACGGCCAUCGUUGAAUGACACCAACUUGUCGUUCUUCAUAACACCUACGCUAAUCCCGUGAGUAGUAGUUAAUUAACUGGACCCCCACUGAUCAGGUAAAAAGAAAUGAUUUUUGUUCAUGUGCUUUUUUGAUAAAAUAAAAUUAAUUCAUCGAUUUUCUUCCCAAUAUGGAUAAACAUUAUCAAAUGCAUCACAAUGGUAGACAGUAGUAUCGAAGGUUGGUACAAAAUGACAAGUUUACAGAAGUUACGUCCGAGAUUUGAGCAAAGAAUUUUCGUUCGGUGCAAGAUUCAGCGACCGUCAAAUUUACCGAUGCAAGUAUUGAUGUUUGCUUCCAAUGCAUCCAAGCGUAAUAUUUAAUUGAUGUCAGCACAAAAAGCACCGAGAUUUUAUUAAGAGGCCACUCCCGUUCAGGGGUCAGUCUUGAAAAUUCCCUUGGGUGGCUGCUUAAUGCAGAUUCUACUGUAUGUGUACAAUGCAAGGGAGGAGACAUUUUCAAUGACAGUGCAAUUUCCACUUGUGCAGAUAAAAAAAACAAGGUUUAUUAUAUUAGAUUUUCUUACAAAAUAAGAUCAACCACAUCUACGCAAGAGAGACACAGUCUUUUCAUUUUACAUUUUGCUAUAAAGAUAAGAAGUUUUGUUUAGAUAAGAAGUUGUGUUAUCUAGACGAUGAUGAUGAUGAGUUAGUUGUAUUUUACGUCCGCUUCCACCGAGGUGAUAUCGCAGACAAGUUAUCUAGACGUUUAAUUUGCCUUUUUGACUUGUGUACACAGAUUUUUAAAGUUUAUCGUCUUUUUCUCCAAAAUGCUUAUGUUUUAAGUAUUCUUAUUUUGUCCUCAUACAAAGUAUUAUUUAACACAAAUUAUUAAAGUCCCAAUGCGCCAUUGGCUUUUGAGGAUAAAAUGUAAAGUUUCUCACGGCUUAAUCCACGCUAUUAUGUACUUAGAUUGAUUAUUUAACAAUUGAUUUAGAAAACAAAAUUAGCAUAGAUCGAUGAAAUUUCAAUUGAUAUAUCUUUGUAAAUACUGAAUGGAACUGAACCAUAAUUGGACUGAUAUUCCUACCUAAUAGAGAUUUACCUUUCAUAAUAUCGUAGUUUGCAGAUGAUUCCUAUUGCUUAAAAUGGAGCAUCAGGACAUUAUGGAUUUAGUUUAGAAAAAGGCUGCACCACUUGUUUACCUAUAUUUGUAACAAAUCACACAAAUAGUUUGUUUUUUACAUUUAACUGGAUAAAUGGUUUCUAUUUCAUAUAAAAUUAUUAAAACAUCUAUAAUAUGUUAUAUAGUUUAGAAGAUAUUGUUGGUUGAACAGACCAAUCUUUUGGAAAUCGCAUAUACAUAUACGCACAGCUGUAGUUUCAAUUCAUAUCUUGAGAAAUUUUCAAUACAGUCACAUACAGACAAAUUUCUAAUAAAGAAAUGAUAUUUGCUUUUAGUCUGGCAGAAUGUGGGAGAUUUCAUAAGAAUUAUGCAUUUUGUGGUAAAAGCAUCAAAUAUUAGAUGUGGAGUGUGGGUGGACCCCCACGGUAAAGACUGGUCUAAUAAAGGCAACAUUACAAAAGAAGCUUUUAUUAUAUAUAGGCUCGUAAAGACCUAGUUUUUAUAUCAUAGAAACAUAUCAGAAGCAACUUUGCUAUUUUCAAUUAUCUUUGUAUAGUUUUAGAACACAAAAAAUGUAUAAUUAUUUGAUAAUCAUUUAUUGAAUUGCACAAUAGGAAUGUCUGCUCCCUCUAUUUUUACUUAAAGUUUGGUAAAAGAAGGCAAAAAUUACCAACUAUAUUUAUUGUUAUUAUCUUGUUUCUGUUAUGUAUUAUAUAGAUAUUUUAAUAUAACUACAAAUUUUGAUUUUUAAAGCCCCAAUGUACCAAAAGGCCGGUGAUCAAUUUCCCUCUUUAAAAAACCCCAGCAUGUCCCCCACCUAUGACACUUAUUAAUUACUUUCACAUUUAUCUACAGGAAAAUGUUCAUAUACAAACUCUGUAUUGAUGCAAUGAAACUAUUCAUCAAGUUUCAUCCUCCCACUUAUCAUGUUCCAUAGCAUGGACAAAUCAAAUUUUAUAUUUUCCCCUAAUGAAUAUCUACAUCCAAGUUUUAACAUUCUACCUCAACUACAUUCUGCCUUCCAAAAAGUUUUUUUUAGAUUGUAAGAAGUAGAUUAGAUGCCAUCUUGAGCUCCACGUUUGUGGAUAGAAGUGAAAUAUCAUUCACCAGUUGACUAGCAAUCUUAGAGAGAGACAAAAUGGCAGCACAAAAUCGGUAGAAACUAAUGUGAACUUUAGAUAGCCACAGAGAGAGAGAGAGAAAUGAGGUUUAACGUCCACUCAACACAAACUAGGUCAUUUCAGACUAACAUAUGGUUUUAAUUUUAUUUCAAUAAUUCGCUUGCGCGUAGGGGUCUUUAGCAGUGGGAGGAAACCGGAGGACCCGGAGAAAACCCACGAGGUUGGACAGGCGACCCCACUCCUUGUCACGUACAACUGGGGAUUCGAAACCACGCCAGUUGACUCAAUGACAGGUCGUAUGAUACAGCACGCACGUGCUAACCAUUCGGCCAUCCAACCCCCCUAGAUAGCCACAACUUACUUAGGAUCAAUUUUAGUAAUAGUUGGAACAUAUUUGCCUCUUAAUCUGGAAUAUUGUGCCUUUAAACCUACAUACUACGGUCAUUAUAAAUUAUGUCAUAUAGAAAAGUAAUAUACAUUUAUUAUUACUAGUAUAUAAUGUACCCUAUGUAUAUUUUCAUUAUAGUAAUAUCUAUACAUUUUAUAUGCAUGUAAUUUAUACACAACUACUCACAGGAAUAAAAAUGUAAAUGAUUGAUGAAUUUAAACAUAUAUUUAUUAUAUUGGUACUUCCAACAAAAUCAGACUUGUUUGAAUAUUAAAAAACUUGCUGUACAGCAAGUUACAACAUACAUUGGUUAGAAUGGGCCCACUAUUGACGUGGGGUCCCCAGGCAAUUUCCCAGCAUUGCCCCUUCAUUAGGAUGAACUGAAAUCAAGGUAUAUUUAUGUUAUGUUUCUUGUUGUCAGUCAAUUUAUGUGAAGAUAAAUAUCUGGUUUCCUGGUUACCUUAUGAAGACGAAUCAACAGUAAUCCAAUUAUUUGUAACCUGAAAGUUAAGAUAAUAAAAUAAUUUUUGAAAAGACCAUUAUGUGCAAUAGAAUUUCAGAUAAAAAUUUUGAAAUUUGACCAAUUUUAAUAAAUGAUAUCAAUAGUAAAAUUUUUGAUUAUUAAAAAUUGUUGAAACCAAACAA